AUGCCUCCAUCAUGGUAUUUAUUCACACUGAAUCACAUUUUGAAAUUGUUAAAAAAGUCUGGCGAGGAUCAACUGGCUCGUGUGCUGGAGAAAAACACUGAGCUAACAAUCCAGAACACUGAUUUGCAGAAGCAAGUGCAGCACUUGCAGAAUGUGAAUGCCAGCGAUGGUCGCAGCCUCCCAGGUCUGGCCUCGGCCAGCAAGCCUGGGGACACUCUGGAGUCUAUUCUUAAGCAAAUGCGAGAGGCAGCUGACAAACGCAAGGAACUCGAAAGAGAACAUGCUGAGGCCCUCACACAGCUCCGAGAAAAACAGAAUGAAGCACAGAGGCUCACGAAACAGAGGGAUGCAUCUUCUAGAGAAAAAAGCAAGUCAUAUGAGACUAUUGAAGCUCUGCAGUCAAAAAUCCGUGAACUGGAAAAGAAAACGGAGCUUCAGAAUGUCCGCCAUGAAGAGCUUCUCCUUGAAAUGGCAAGCAUCAAACGAUCAGCACAAAGUGCUAACACAGCACUGGCAGCAGCAGCUGCUGCUGCUGCUGCUGUCAACCACAACUCUCCUGAGUCAGGGCAUUCAACACCAGACUCUGCAAGGGUUGAUGGCGGUGGGAGUGCGGGUCCAAAUCGCCCAGCAGUCAUGACGUCAUCUGCACUUGACAACCUUGGUGACAUGCACCAAACCACCUCACGAGUAUUGCCACAUGGGCGCCCAUCUAGUCAACCUGGUAUGCAGACAUCUUGCUUCUGUAUUGUAUUUUGA